UAUGCUGGUCUAGUUUACCACCAACCUGUCUCUUUCGAACGACUUCUGAUAUGCAAGACAGCAGGAGCAAAAGUGACAUGAUUCUGGACGUCGCUAUCCGGUCGGAAAGUCUCCUGCAGCAGUUAUCCGCACAGCUCGCCCAAGCAUCCCACCGAAGUCCAGCUAAUAUCUCGUCUGUGGCAUCUCCUGGUAAUGCAAUCUCCCCCAGCACGGUUAGUAAUUUUGGUCGCGGGGAGGGGCCUUCUGAUCAUAUUUCCAACGCCAUUCUAUCACCAUUCCAUGCGUCAACGACGGAAUCUAUUUUAUCGUGGCCGCAUUUCGGUGAAUUCAGAAGUUUGAUCAAGGAGAGUAAAUUUUCAGUUUUCCAACUCGAAAAUGCGCGCAGGCCACUGUCUCACAGGCCGUCACCCCCCUCAGCCAUAUAUGACGAAGGGCGACAUAGAAAAAACGAUUCGAAGCUUCGAGCGGGGAAUCAACUUCUGGUAUCCCACCAUGGCGAGAUCUACUGCAAAAAGUUUGAAGGAAUAUUUAUCGUCAGGCGCGAUAGAAAAGAGUACACGCUCAUGCCUAGCUUUGUUAGUGAUGGCUCUGGGGUGUUCCUCCGAGCUGGUGGGAUUAUUCACGACCAAGGAAACACCAGAUACUCAUUCGGUUGA